GGUUGAUGAUUUGGUUGUAGCUCUUGUCAUGUGUGUAGUCAUUAGUCAAGACAAGCAAUAAGACAACAAGCGUCCCAAGGAUAUUACAAAUUAAUAAGUAGGAAAAUGACCAAGAGUGGGAGAUCAUCGACCGAAAAAAAAGAAAGAAAAAAAAACACUUUCGACAGCAGUUUAAGGAGCCUUAAUCGUGUUUAGUUUCUUGCUUAAACAUUUGUUAGCGGUUUUUUAGUGGUUAAGAGAGUUUACUCCUAGAGGUCAUGGCGGAGAAGAUUAUCAUGUUUUUCCGUUACUGUGUUCCUCAAUUCCUCUGGCCCAACCUUUCCUUUCGAGUUUCGAGACCCUCUAAUCGCCAUUACCAUAACCUUAAUCAUAAUGACCCCCAAACCCAAGUCUCCGUUAAGCCGAAACCCUCUUCCUUCAUCACAGACACCGAAAUCCAAUCCGAAUUCUCCCACCACGCUGCCGGCGUUGCCAGGAUCAACAAUGGCAGCUUCGGUUGCUGCCCUGCCUCCGUCAUCUCUUCCUUGCACCAAUGGCAGCUCAAAUUGCUCCGCCAGCCCGACGACUUCUACUUGAACGAGCUUCCAAAUAGGAUACUUGAAUCGAGAACAGUAAUCAAAGACCUCAUCAGUGCAGAAGAUGUGGAGGAAGUCUCCAUUGUGGAUAAUGUCAGCACUGCUGUUGCUAUGGUCCUGCAGCAGACGGCAUGGUCUUUCGUGGAAGGGAAAUUUGACAAAGGAGAUGCUGUCAUCAUGUUUCGCUGCACUUAUGGGGCGGUGAAGAACUCAAUCAAGGCCUAUUUUUUGCGCGCUGGUGGGUGUGCGAUCGAAGUUCCAUUUAAUUUUCCGGUGACUUCAAACGAGGAAAUCGUGAGUGAAUUCAAGACAGCUUUGGGGAGAGAAAAGGGUAUGGGGAGGAGAGUGAGACUGGCGGUGAUAGAUCACGUUACUUGCAUGCCAAGCUUUGUAAUGCCGGUUAAGGAAUUGGUUAAAAUUUGCAAGGAAGAAGGUGUUGAGCAAGUUUUAGUUGAUGCAGCUCACGCUGUUGGCUGCGUAGAUGUGGACAUGAACGAAAUCAGAGCCGAUUUUUAUACAGGUAAUUUGUAUAAGUGGUUUUUCUGCCCGCCCGCGGUUGCAUUCGUGUACUGCAGGAAAUCAGUUAUGACACAUUUAGAUUUGCAUCAUCCUGUUGUGUCUCAUGACUAUGGAAACGGAUUGGUCAAAGAAACCGGUUGGGUUGGGACGAGGGAUUAUAGUCCCUAUCUCGUUCUUCCUUCGGUUAUGGAGUUUGUCAACAGAUUCGAAGGCGGUGCAGAGGGAAUCAGGAACCGGAAUCAUGAUGCUGUGGUUGAGAUGGGGAAGAUGCUUGCAGAAGCUUGGGGAACCAAUCUAGGGUGUCCGCCGCAAAUGUGUUCGAGCAUGCUGAUGGUUGGAUUGCCGGCCAGUUUGGGGGUUCUGAGUGAUGAAGAUGCUAUGAAGUUGUGGGAACUUCUGUGCAAGAAAUUUGGUGUGGAAGUGAAAAUACAUUAUCAAAACCCGAAAGAUGGAGAGCUUGCACCUAUAACUGGGUACGUUCGAAUCUGCCACCAAAUUUACAACAAAUUUGAGGAUUAUUGCAGGCUCAGAGAUGCAAUCAACCAGCUCGUUCGCGAUGACUUCAAUUGCGGUAAUCUUGAGAUCAUGAGGCCUGAAGAAGUCGGUCCGACGAAUGACAGGUGAUAUGAUUCUAUGUCUCCUGCAUUCUUACCUUGUUGCAAUGGAUGGAUAUGGUUCAUUGAACAAGGGUUGUGGAACAUGAAGGUUCAAGAUUGUGCCGUUUCGUUGUAACCACCACCUCGUCAAGUGUUGUUAUCAAUCCAUGUUAUAACACACGUUUCUAUCAACUAUAAUGUCCAUUAAUAUUAACAUUUGAGUUAUAACACUGCGUGAUAAUGUGACUGUAUUAUUUGCUUGUGCAUGAAGACAUCAGUAAUUUGGGUUA